UUCCAAGGAAAGGGCCUCCCUUUGAAAGCAGCAGGCUGUGCAUUUUCUAAAUGACAUCACUUGGCAUUCUACUGCUGUGCGAGCUUGAUAUUUACAUGGCAAUGCAUGUAUCCCUUGUUCUCGCCCUUAUUGCGAGGCAGUGGGAUAUUCCCCAUCUCAGAGCACAGCACUAGUCUUUUCUGCACACACCACACACACUCACACAGCAUACAGAUAAAGCUGCAGGUCCCUCCAAGCAACACAGUGGAGAAGAAGACAGCCUAGGGACAAGCUGAGACCCUUGUGUUGGCCUUACAAAGGACCACAGCUGCUUUUCAUGGUUUGGGAUAUCCGUCUUACUGGCUGCAGUCAGAAACUACCUGGACGAUGGGGAAUGGCACCAGGCUACAUAGAAGAUGUUCUUUUUUCUAUUGCCUUUCAAUUGUUCUCCUAUUGACAAAUCAGAUUGAAGGAAGAAAACCAAGCAAGUCAAAAUGCCCAACCUGGUGCACCUGUACCAAAGACAAUGCCUUAUGUGAAAACGCCAAGACUAUUCCACGCACCUUCCUACCUGAUGUUAUCUCACUGUCCUUUGUCAGGUCUGAAUUUACAGAAAUCCCAGAAGGGAGCUUUUCUCAUAUCCCAUCUCUGCAGCUCCUACUGUUCACCUCAAACACUUUUGAUGCAAUCAGUGAUGAUGCAUUUACUGGUCUUCCUCACCUAGAGUACUUGUUCAUAGAAAACAACAAAAUAAAAUCAAUCUCAAGAAAUGCUUUUCGAGGGUUAAAAUCUUUGAUUCAAUUGAGCCUGGCCAAUAAUAACCUGCAAUCUCUUCCAAAAGAUGUCUUCAAAGGGCUGGACUCACUAACAAACGUAGACCUAAGGGGUAACUCCUUUCAUUGUGACUGCAAAUUGAAAUGGCUGGUAGAAUGGCUGGAUAAAACCAAUGCAACAGUAGAGCAGAUUUAUUGUGAAAGCCCUCCCGAAUAUAAAGGACGCAAAAUCAACAGCCUGUCUGCAAAAGAUUUUGACUGCAUAACAACAGAAUUUGCCUUGUACAAAUCCUUGCCGUAUCAGUCUCUGUCCGUGGACACCUUUACCUACAUGAAUGAUGAGUAUGUGGUCAUCGCACAACCGUUUACAGGCAAAUGUGUCUUCUUGGAAUGGGACCAUGUGGAAAUGUCGUUCAGGAACUAUGACAACAUCACAGGUACAUCAACUGUAGUCUGCAAACCCAUAGUCAUUGAGAAGCAGCUCUAUGUUAUAGUGGCCCAGCUGUUCGGUGGCUCUCACAUUUACAAGAGAGAUAUUUUUGCAAACAAGUUUAUCAAGAUCCAAGAUAUUGAGGUUAUUAAAAUCCGGAAACCCAACGACAUUGAGACUUUCAGGAUAGAUGACAACUGGUAUUUUGUGGUUGCUGAUAGCUCGAAAGCUGGUUGCACAACUAUCUACAAGUGGAACGGAAAUGGAUUUUAUUCCCACCAGUCUGUACAUAUGUGGUAUCGGGAUACAGAUGUGGAAUACCUUGAGAUUGCCAACAAGCCACAUCUCAUUCUGUCUAGCAGCUCGCAACGCCCAAUUAUUUACCAGUGGAACAAGAAGUACAACAACUUCUCGAAGCAUGCUGAGAUACCAGACACAGAGGAUGUGUAUGCCGUCAAACACUUUGCUGCAAAGGAUGAUGUCUACCUCUGCCUGACUCGAUUCAUUGGGGAUUCCAGGGUUAUCAAAUGGGAAGGAGGUUCAGUUAUUUCAGAUAUCCAAAGGAUGCCUUCUCGUGGCUCUAUGGUCUUUCAGCCUUUAGAGAUCAACAACCACAAAUAUGCUAUCCUAGGCAGUGAUUAUUCCUUCACCCAGGUAUUUCAUUGGGAUGCCGAUAAAGGAAAAUUUGUGAAGUUUCAAGAAUUAAACAUCCAAGCCCCCAGAUCCUUCACACAUGUGUCCAUAGACAAACACGACUUCCUGUUUGCUUCGAGUUUUAAGGGGGCCACACAAAUAUACGAACAUGUUCUAAUUGACCUUAGCGCAUGACCACUGAAAAUCUAAUGCAUUAAAGACAUUCUAACCUGGACAGUAUGAACUAAAUGCAUGAUAACAUUAUUCUGGAUGACUGGCUUCAGAAACUGGGAAGUCCAGAACAGAAGCAUUGCUUGUUUCUCCUUUAUUAAUUUGUCAUGUAUAGUGGUUUUGAGAGUUGUACUUUUUCUAAAAAAAAACAAAAAAAAACA